AAUGCAAAUGGGCUUACUGUGAGUGGGAAAACCAUGAAUUAAGCUCAUGAAAUACAAAGAGUGAGCUCGAAAUAGAAAAAAAGAGUUUCAGUUAAGCAAGGACUCUUUCAAAUUCCUUGGAAGUUUGUGGCCACCGCAUACUGUGGAGUUAGAAGUGGCUUUGCAGAUCACUGACUCACAUUUGGAUCCCAUUAUUAGCUCUCUCAUUUCCUUCUUCUUAAUCUCACCGUUUCAAAACUCUUUCAGUUUCCGAUCACCUUAAAUUCCGGUUAGUUCAGCCAUGGAUUCUUGCUGUGCUGUCUUUAAGGGGACUGCCAAUGCUAUAGACAUGAGUAAAAGAACUCCUUUUUGGGGAGAGGGUAUUAAAGGGAGCCUAAAAAGGAAGAGCCAACUAAAGAAACUUUUGAUCAAAGAUAAUGAUUAUAAAGGGAUCACCAAAAAGGUUAAGCCUGGACUCACCUGCUCUGUUAUCACAUCAGAUGUUAACAAACAGAUUAUGACAUUUGAUAAUGCAGCUCUUGAGACACCAAGAGCAGACCCUAAGAAUGUAGCUUCAAUUAUACUGGGUGGAGGAGCAGGGACACGGCUCUUUCCUCUUACUAGCAAACGAGCCAAGCCAGCGGUUCCAAUUGGAGGAUGUUACAGGCUGAUUGAUAUUCCAAUGAGUAACUGCAUCAAUAGCGGUAUAAGAAAGAUUUUUAUUAUGACACAGUUCAACUCCUUCUCCCUCAAUCGCCACCUUGCUCGCACAUAUAAUCUUGGAAAUGGUGUUAGUUUCGGAGAUGGAUUUGUGGAGGUUCUGGCUGCUACUAAAACACCAGGAGAGGCAGGAAAUAAGUGGUUCCAAGGAACUGCAGAUGCUGUGAGGCAAUUCAUAUGGGUGUUUGAGGAUGCUAAGAACAAGAAUGUGGAGCAUGUAUUGAUCUUGUCUGGGGAUCAUCUUUAUAGGAUGCAGUAUAUGGACUUUGUACAGAAGCAUAUUGACUCGGGUGCAGAUAUUACUGUUUCAUGUGUACCUAUGGAUGACAGUCGCGCAUCAGAUUACGGACUGAUGAAAAUUGACAACACAGGCCGCAUCAUCCAAUUUGCUGAGAAACCUAAGGGCCUUGACCUUAAGGCAAUGCAAGUUGACACGACGGUGCUUGGGUUAUCUAAGCAAGAUGCUUUGCAAUUUCCUUACAUUGCAUCAAUGGGUGUUUAUGUGUUUAGAACUGAGGUCCUACUUAAGCUUCUUAGAUGGAGUUAUCCAUCAUCUAAUGACUUUGGGUCUGAAAUUAUUCCGGCUGCCGUGAAGGAUCACAAUGUCCAGGCAUACUUAUUCAAUGACUAUUGGGAAGACAUUGGGACCAUAAAGUCAUUUUUUGAUGCUAAUUUGGCACUGACAGAACAGCCACCAAAGUUUGAAUUUUAUGAUCCAAAGACUCCUUUCUUCACAUCUCCUAGAUUCUUACCGCCUACAAAAGUCGAUGCAUGCAGGAUUGUGGAUGCUAUAGUUUCACAUGGUUGCUUCUUGCGAGAGUGUAGUGUACGGCACUCUAUAGUCGGUGUACGUUCAAGAUUGGAGAGUGGUGUUGAGCUUACGGAUACCAUGAUGGUUGGUGCGGACUACUACCAAACAGAAUCUGAAAUUGCCUCUCUACUAGCAGAAGGAAAGGUUCCAAUUGGCGUUGGGCAGAAUACAAAAAUCAGGAAUUGCAUUAUUGACAAGAACGCCAAGAUUGGAAGAGAUGUCGUAAUCACAAAUGCUGAUGGUGUUCAAGAAGCAGAGAGGCCAGAAGAAGGAUUUUACAUUAGAUCAGGUAUCACAGUCGUAGUGAAGAACGCAACAAUUAACGAUGGAACCAUAAUCUAGAAUCGAAGGCUUUUCUCCUCCGGUGGAGCCACUGAUAGAGCUGAGAAAGACUAGUAGCUGGUCUAACUUCAAAUAAGGAUUGUAUAUGUAAAUUAUAUGCUCCUUCUGCUCAUGAAAGAACAUAUUAAAGAUGUUACUAUAACUCUUAGAAUAACCAUGGCUCCAAGUUUUCAUUGAUAGAACAUAAUAAAGCUCAUUAGAAAAUAAGGAAUUAUGGAUUUUGUCAA